UGUGGGUGUGAGCUGAGACGUUAUAGCAACGAACUACAAACGGUAUCUGAAUUUCAACAAACGGGAACCGAAUUGUUUUCAAAUAGCUAGCUAUGUUAUCAAUUGUUUGUUUUGCUAAUAUCUGUUUCAUUUUGAUCAAAUUUGUCGUCCGUUAAGACCUCAAUUAAAAACUCAAAACGAUAAUUGAUGGUCAUCGCUCUCCGUUCCUGUUGGAUUUAAUCUGCUUAGCUACUGAAGUCCUGAUCAGGAUUCGCGGUCUGUCAAUGAGGAACUACAGGCUCAUCUUUUGCCAUAGCCUGAAGCAGCCAUAGAUGACCAUUUGAUUCACUGCUAGUGAGUGGUGCUGAAGAUAAGGUGAACUACUGGGUGUUUUAAGUGCUAAACGACCUUCGGAAACAGCUCGGCUGUGGAAGCGAUGAGGAAGAGCCUCUCACCUUCCCCCAGCGACUCCCUGACACCAGCCAGGGUUUUUGGGGUUCCCCUAGAUGUGGUGCAGCAGAGCGGCCAGCCAGGCCAGGAGGUCCCCUUACUGGUCAGGCACAUCGUAGAGUACAUCGAGGAGCAUGGGCGUCUGGAUUUGGAGGGGCUGUUCCUAGUCAAUGGUAACGCGGAGCGGGUGGAGUGGCUACGGCAGCGCUAUGACUCUGGGGAGGAGGUGGACCUGGAGAAGGAGGCUGACCUGGCCUCUGCCGUCAGCCUGCUGCGUCUCUUCCUGCAGGGGCUCCCAGAGCCCAUCAUCCCUGCAGGCAUGCAGUCCCACAUCCUGCAGCUCUACCAAGACUACAGCAGCGAGGAAGAGCUCGCCCGCAACAUGAAGUACUUCCUCCAGCAGCUGCCUCAGGUUAACUACAGCCUGCUGCGCUUCCUGUGCCGCUUCCUGUCCAGCGUAGCCUCGCUCCAGGAGGAAAGCUGGAGCGUCGGUGCCCUCGCCGCGGUAUUCGGACCAGACAUCUUCCAUUUAGACACGGACGUGGAGGAUCUGAAGGAGCAGGAGUCAGUUAGCCGCAUUCUGGCGGAGCUGCUGGAGAAUCAGGAGGAGUUCUUUGACUCGGAGGAUGAUGACGUUUCCACCACCGACUACAGCUCCAUCAAUGAACAGAUCACUGAGCUCCUGGACGAUGAGAAAUUAGAGGCAUGUGAGGAGCUGCCCCAGGACGGCGAGGGCGAGGAAGGCCCCCCUUCCGCCUCCGAAUCCCCCCAACACAGUAACACGCAGGUCACUCCCUCUUCAAGUUCACACAUCUCCCCCAUCAGCGUUCUUCCAGGAUCUGCAGACAUUAUAGAGCGGACCAUCCGCGCCGCGGUGGAACAGCACUUCUUUGACCUCAAGAGCUCCAUCGACCAGAAGAUCAGCAGCUAUGAGAGCCAAGGCGCGGGCCCCAGUGAAAAGCGGGUGAUGGGGCCAGGGCCAGUUUAUGGCCAUGGAGAGGAGGGCCCGUGUACGAGUAAGGAGGGCCCCGCAAGCAGUCCCCUGUCAGCCCCAGAGACAGAGAGCCACUCUGAACACAGCCCACAGGCCCAACAGGAGGUCGAGGAUUGUGACUCCCAAGGCGCCAUCCUGGAGGAGAGUUCUGGAAUGGACCUGGAUGCCGCAGAGGCUCUUGUAGAUGCAGAGAACAAUAUCAACACUGCCAGGCAAGAAAGCCAAUCCUGUGACAAGAUGGACCAGGCCGAUCUCAUCACCUGUGACUCUGAUGAGUGUGACCAGAACCCCAACACAGAGGCCAAGGGGUACCCCUACCACCCUGCCACCUCGCACCACCUCCAACUCAGCCGCAUCUUCCCCCACAACCAGUGGGAAGACCCAGUGCCAGCCUACAAGUCAUGGCAGGACGAGAGUGACUCUGGCGAGGCCCAGCUGUCCCCCCUGGCGGGGCGCAUGGUGCCCUUGCCCCACGAGGAGGACGCUCACCCCCUCAUGGCCCGCCGGUUCCUGGACUUUGGCCACAGCCAACGGUUCCUGCAGCACUCCGACCCCGACGCAACCUCGCCCACCAAAGCCCACCACUCCCUGGGGAGGCCUCGCCGUGCCUCCUUCAGUUCCAAAGAGAGCGGUUUGAGGAACGACUCUGUCUCCCACCAGCUCACCAAAAAACUACAGAGCCUCAAGAAGAAGAUCAAACAAUUUGAGGAACAGUUUGAGAACGAGAGGAACUACAAGCCGUCUCAUGGAGAUAGAGCAGCUAACCCAAAGGUCCUCAAGUGGAUGACAGACCUCACCAAAAUCCGCAAACAGUUAAAAGGAAGACCACAUCUCUUUCCCAAAGGGUCCCUGAGGCACCAGGCGGUGCUUCAGUCAUACAGACGUCACCACCCCUCCUCCUCCGCCCCGAACACAUCCCAUUUUACACUUGCACGCCCCCUCACUGCCUGUAGACAGGCACCCUACCUAUAUGCCAAACACAAAGAGGCUGAGCUGACUCCUCAGACGCGGCCACGCAGCAACACCUUGCCCAAGAGCUUUGGUUCCACCCUGGCAGUCCACGAGGUUGUUGAAGAAGCCAAGGGCCACCGGCCCACCAAAGAGGAGACCCUGGACCUCAUCCAGCGCCGCGUCAAGGGCAAGAGAGAGGAGGACGGCUGGCCAGAGGACAUCAAGAAAAUGACCAAGGAGGAGCUGUCGUGUGAGAAGACAGUCCUACAGAAGAACCUCCUGCACUACGAGGGACUACACGGCCGACCUGUGACCAGAGAGGAGAGGCUGGUGGUCAAACCGCUGUACGACCGCUACCGUCUGGUCAAGCAGAUGCUCACCCGCGUCAGCAUCACCCCCAUCAUCGCUUCCCCCUCCAGCAAAAGACGCAACCAGACCCUGCAGCCCAUCAUCGAGGGCGAGACGGCCCACUUCUGCGACGAAAUCGAGGAGGAUGAGGGCGAGGAGGAGGCUGUAGCCGAGGAGGUCCAGAGUUCAGGGUCGGAGGUGAUCAUGGCUCUAGACCCAGUGUGCCAGCCCCAGACCAGCUCCCAGAGAGACAGAGACAGCCUGCUCAGGCCCAAGAUGGAGGAGACCUCUGGGAAACUGACCCUGGACCUGCGACUGUCCAGCUCCAACGCCUCGUCCAUGCCCGAGCUCCUGGAGCAGCUGUGGAAGACCCGGGCAGAGAAGAAGAAGUUGAGGAAGACUAUCCGCGAGUUUGAAGACGAGUUCUACCAGCAGAACGGCAGGAAUGUCCAGAAGGAGGACAGGCUCCCCAUGAUGGAUGAAUACAAAGAGUAUAAACGGAUCAAGGCCAAACUGCGUCUGCUGGAGGUGCUCAUCAGCAAGCAGGACUCCUCCAAGUCCAUCUAAAGAGGGAGCGGCCACCCUGCUUCCCUCCCUUCAUCCCACCGGACACAGAGGGUGAACUGCCUCACCCCGGGCAUACAUGUCACCCCUACAUGAUGGCCCAUACCCCUCCCCAUCCCUUAUCAACCAUCCCCCUACCUGCACCGCUGAGGGAAGGCAUGUCCGCCACCGUGUCCCGCUGCUGUCUCACCACCACAACCCAUCUGUUUCUACCACCGCCAGCUCAUGUACAGUCAAGGGGUCCUCACUGGGGACUCUGAGGGAGAAGAGUCACAUCUUCAUUCCACCAGUCAAGACUCAACACACCCCUUUUUUUUUAACUUUCUGUCAGUUUCAUUUGGAGGAGUUCCCCCUUUCCUUAUUAGUUUUGUUUUUCUUGUAGCCCCCCCCCCUGAACUUUUCACGUACGGUAGUUUCUCAUACUGAGAAAUCAUAUUGGAGAGGACAGGAGCUCUGUUUUGUAGCGCAUUUUAGUCACCUGGCCACCUGUUUAGACGUAACAAACUGAACUCUCCCUACCUUGGAGCGAGGAGACUGGUCAUCCUUUUUCAGACAUUCAGACUCACAUGGAUUCAGUUGCCCGAACUCGAUCUUCAUCCUUCAACACUGGGACGCUUUUGUGUUUCGUCUGAGUGAGUUUUUGGGAGAGAGAGCGAGAGAGAAAAAAAAGUCAUUACUGUGUAUGUGUUCUUGUAAAUCAAUAUGUACACACAUGUUUCUAUGUUACAGUAUGUUGUUUUUCUUGAAUGCAGAGUAAUUCCUUCUUGGUUUUGAAAAGAAUCUUACUGAGUUAGUGUGUUGUUCCAUUCCCUUUGCCACUAUGGAAACUGGAGUGAGUUUUAUCAGCUGGGACUGGUUGUGCUGUUCCUUUCUCUUAGUUUUUUCAAAUAUUUGGAUCAUCAGUCGUCACUGAAAGGAGUUUUGGCACACCAGGUGGGCGGGACAGCCAGUUAGGUGUAUCACUUAGUGUUCCUGUACCUUAACCGUCUCCGUUGUCUGGCAAUAUAUAUUUUCAAUAUUUUCAAUCUAUAUUUUGUUUUCUACGCGUUAAAGUUCAGUUGCGGAUUGGAUCUUUGUGCAAGGUGUCCAGAAUGGGGGGUGGUGGAUGGGUUGUGAGAUUAAAGCUAAGGUAGUUUCAACCUCAUCAGUAUUAUGCUAAAUACAGCAUAUGGCAAUGUUAGGGCGUGAUGUACGGUUCCUAGCCCUGUUCGAUGGACUUUAACCUAGCGUUCCAUCCAACAGUCAGUGGACCACCUCUUAGUAUGGCAGACAGACACUCCCAGGUGCCCAGUUAUACAACCAAGUGUGUUGACCAACACCCUACUGCCACACAGCCAGUAUUUAACCCCCAGUGGUGUGUGUGUGUGUGUGUGUGUGUGUGUGUGUGUGUGUGUGUGUGUGUGUGUGUGUGUGUGUGUGUGUGUGUGUGUGUGUGUGUGUGUGUGUGUGUGUGUGUGUGUGUGUGUGUGUGUGUGUGUGUGUGUGUGUGUGUGUGUGUGCUGAUGGACAGUGGUCGGGCGGACCAAGUAGAUCCGGCUUCUUGAGGACAGCCAUAGAUAAGUUAUCGCCAUUUGGCUGCCAGUCAGUCUGGAGGUCCGGUCAGCCCUGUGCCCAGGUUAAGAUGACAAACAGUCCUCAUGUCAUAAUCUCCUUUUAGUCACUGGGGAAUGUGAACACCAGCUAAAAGAGUUGUCAUGCAUCCCAUGUCCAGUGUGAGGUAAACUAGGCGUCUUCGUCUAAGGUUCCACUUUAGUACGCAGGACGGUGUCCCAAAGGGAAGUUCCCGAGCCGAGAACAGGAUCAGCUGACUUCCUGGCUUGUAACAACUUGUCACAACGUCGAGCUACUGUAUGUUGUUGCACCAAAAGUUCAACGUGUCCUUGGUUAGCGAUCACUGACCCACUGCAAAAGAUCUACUUUCCUUCAAUCUAGAGUCACACAAUGUCAGGCAAUUGCUGUACACGUUUUCUCUGGUGCUAAGGGUCUCUCUCUCGCUGGGUGUUGGUUGGUUGGUAAAUGUCUAUUUUUCAUUAUGGGAUAUGUCCCAUAGUGAGCCAGAGUGUUUGACCAGGCAAUGUAGAGCCAGGUCAUUGUCAGGUCCUGGGGAGUUGUCUGACCACAGGGCUCUGAGAAGGCUUUACCACGGCCAAGCAGAACCAACAGCACCUUGACCCCUGACAAUUUACGUCAAGGGUCAACUUAUUGAUGUCUCUAGAGCCCGAAAGCUCUUCUGGGCUUCAAUAUAAAGGUCACAUACAACAACAACAACAACAACAACAACAACAGAGUCCAAGUUUUGCAUAUUUGGAAUGAGGUGCGUCUGGUCUGUCGGCAUGAUGCCGCCUCGGAGUGCUGUCGCCUGCCACUCCUUUAUGGUCAUUGAUCCUAGCCUUUGACCCCUAGCUAAACUAGCAGGCAGCCCAGAGGCAGCAUCACAUCACUAUCCUUCAGAAGCUCUCUGGACUUGACAAAACCAAGCAGGAGCUUUCGAGUAGAGCAACGACCUUUCGUCUGUUCAGUUGACUAGUUCUAGUCCUGGCAAUUAAAUACAAAAAACCAUUUGAUGUUGCAGACUAAAUGUCUCUGCACAUUAGGGUGGGGAGGGGAAUUAGUGCUGUUUGCUUGUUUCGGAAUGGGAAGGCACCAUCAGUGGCACCAACUGUAAGGAUCUGCAUCUGCUUCAAGAGGUGGAAUAAUGGAGUAUAUUGUCAGUCAGACCAACACACCAAGAAUAUAGGGAAUCUAAUUUUGCCUGAAGGAUGUUUGCGCUGAACCAAGAGUUUUGCCUUGGUCCCUCACUGGGUCAAAACCAAGUCAUGUAACCUUUGUUUGAGUUGGCAGGGUGUGGUGUAUGUAUGGGUGGACAGUGUGGGGAGGUUCUAGAAGUUAUUUGCACAGCAUUCUGAGAAUGCAGCCCUUGUUUUGUUUGUCUAUUUGUUCCUUGUUUUAGAAGCACUACUUAUAUCUGAAGGAUGAAUGUCAGAAUUUAAAUUAUUUCUAACACAUUUGGCCCCUUGUUUCAAUUUCUGUGAUGUUCAAACUUGAGAAUGUGUUUUUUUUUUUAUUACCAUUAUUUUGUAAUUUUUAAAUGUGCCCCUCACUAAUACAUCUAUACAGUGUAGUACCUCUGUAUUGGCUAAUAAUCUGCUAUGUUUUUGUUUUGUAUAAGCUAGUCUCAGUAGUUCGCUUGCAUGGCAAAGAUUUGUAUUGUUUCUAUUUUUGUGCCAUGAAGAUGAAGCAAUAAAUGAGCAUCAAUGGAAUGUGGGGCCUUGUUAACCCACUAUGUGCAUUUUCUGAGUAUAUGGCUGAUUAAUGUUUAAUCUAUAUUAAUGGGACUAACUUGGUCUGCUGUUUUUUUUUUUUUUUUUUUUACCUUGCAGACCAACCCAUGAAACUGUCACUUGACUAACUGCUGUGAGAGUUCCAACGCGACUCAGUUUUCUGUCUGCUAAACCAGCAUUUUUACCACUUGUUGUCAGCAUAAUGUUUUCUGGGGCACUGCUUUAACCAAAUGAGAAGAGAUUAUCAAUGUGGUGACAAUGAUCGAGGUAUAUUUGGACCAAACAUUCCAAUUUGUAUUAUUUUAAAAGAAAAUAAAUGUGAAAUUGGUCGAUCGAUUUUGUUAUUUCCAUGUCAAAUUUAAGGGCUUUUUUUAACUCUCAUUUUGUGUUGUGCCUGCAACAAGUGGUAAAAAUAAUGUGAAGCCCACAGGCUAUAAGGAUGUACACUGACCCUGUUCAUAGCCCCAUGUCAUCCCACGCAUGUUUGUUUUUCUUGCCCAUGGAGCCGGUGGCAGGUUGCAUCAACUGACUAGCCGAUCAGCCACUGGCUCCCAGAGCCUCCCUAUCUAUAUGUGGAGCUGUGUUUUACAUCUAUAUGUAUCUAUAAAUGUUUUUGUGAAUGCUUGUUUUCCUUCAUUUACACAUAAUAAAGUACAAUCAGUAAUAAUGUAUAUUAAAAUGAAAUUUAAAAAAUAUAUAAAA